AUGAGGCGGGGGCUGCCGGUGCUGGCCCUGGCCGGGCUGCUGCUGCUGGGGCGGCCGCCGGCGGCCCGGGGGGCGGCCUGCGAGCCGGUGCGCAUCCCGCUGUGCAAGCCGCUGCCCUGGAACAUGACCAAGAUGCCGAACCACCUGCACCACAGCACGCAGGCCAACGCCGUGCUGGCCAUGGAGCAGUUCGAGGGGCUGCUGGGCACCAACUGUAGCCCCGACCUGCUGUUCUUCCUGUGCGCCAUGUACGCGCCCAUCUGCACCAUCGACUUCCAGCACGAGCCCAUCAAGCCCUGCAAGUCCGUCUGCGAGCGCGCCCGCGCCGGCUGCGAGCCCGUCCUGGUCCGCUACAGCCACGCCUGGCCCGACAGCCUGGCCUGCGACGAGCUGCCCGUGUACGACCGCGGGGUCUGCAUCUCCCCCGAGGCCAUCGUCACCGCCGAGGGCGCGGAUUUCCCUAUGGAUUCUAAUAACGGCAACUGUAGAGGUGCUGGCAUUGAGCGCUGCAAGUGCAAGCCUGUGAAAGCUACCCAGAAGACCUACCUACGUAACAACUACAACUAUGUCAUCCGGGCUAAGGUGAAGGAGGUGAAGACUAAAUGCCACGAUGUCACUGCAGUAGUGGAAGUCAAGGAGAUCCUGAAAUCUUCCCUGGUGAACAUUCCAAAGGACACAGUAAACCUCCACACCAAUUCUGGCUGCCUGUGUCCACCCCUCAGUGCCAAUGAGGAAUACAUCAUUAUGGGCUACGAGGAUGAGGAGCGCUCCAGGUUACUCUUGGUGGAAGGCUCCAUAGCUGAGAAGUGGAAGGAACGUCUUGGUAAAAAAAUAAAGCGCUGGGAUCAGAAGCUGCGGCAGGCGGGGAAGGGGCGGGCCGAGCCCGGCCCCAGCGCGGCGGCCCCGAAGCCCAGCAGUGGCCGGCAGGCUCGCAGCUGGGUGUGACACCCACCGAGGGAUGCUGACAUG